GUCAGUUUCAGUACACUUUUUAUCUUAUCUCGCUACAAAAAGGAAAAAACAAAGGUUGUUUUAUGGAGUCAGUUUAGAGAAAAUUAUGUACCAUGGAUAUGUGUUCGUGAGAACAAUCAGAGAGGUAGUCAACCAGCCAGGGCACUACGAAUUCCAACUGUUUCCAAAUGCCUUAGAACAGCCGUAUCGUGUGCAUUGUGAGAAAGCAGUGCUGGAUAAGGUUAGAUUACUGGAACAAGUAGAAAGUCAGUGGGUGUAUAUGUUAGUGGUGGGCCGAGGAGGUUUCCACCACUCGUUUGCAGACUAUGCAGGGUACCAGUUAGACCCAUACAUCACAAUCUGGGCUAGCGAAUUCGAAGUGUUGCCAGGUCCAGAUCUGUUACCGGAGGGAGUAAGAACUGCAGCGGUUACGCGUCUUGCAACGACACUGCACCUUCCAGUGGAGACAGUAGAAGAUCAGUACGUUGUGGAGAUUGAUUCUGCAAAUCGGGGCCAUGGAUCCAGAGUAAAACGUGUAGAAGAAAGAAACCAAGACAUUGGCUCUGAAGAAGAGCUGGAAGAUGAUAUUCCAUUGCAAGGGGAGGGUAAUAAUAACCGACAGCCAGCAGCUGUACCAUCAAGUCAGCCGGCACCUGUACAAUCGGGGAGAGGAAGCCAACGUGGCAAAAGAAAAGGCAAGGCACCAGUGACAUCUCGCAGAGGGCGAGGUACCCCACAACCAAGAACACGGUCAAGUACGGGAAGCCGAGACCAAAGUCCGGGUGAAGGAAGCAGCAGAGGCCCGAGAACACGAUCGAAUGCUCGGAGCCGAGACCAAAGUCCGGGUGAAGGAAGCAGCAGAGGCCCGAGAACACGGUCGAAUGCUCGGAGCCGAUACCAAAGUCUGGGCGAAAGAAAUAGCAGUAAUUUCGCAAUACCUAUAAGGAGGAAAAUACCAAGUCCUGGGGAAGAAAGAAGAAGGGAUGAACAGAUGAAACGUCCUCGUUCACUAGGUAGCCAAGAAAAGAGUAAUGUCAUUGGAAGUGAGGCCGAGAGGAGUGUAAGCACGGUUGAAGAAGAGCAAGAUUCGUCAACUGUGCGCGUAGAAAUAAGUAACAAAGAUCGACCGGAACUACAAAAAAUAGCACUAGGAAAAUUGAAAGUAUGUGUGCAGCAUAGAGUUUUUGAGCAGCAGGUUGAGCGAAAAUGUAAUAGGGUUAUUUAGAUGAAACAUUAUGAGCCAUCUUUGCCCAAACCUUCAGGCAAAAGGUCCAAAGGAAAGGAGCGAGUGACACGAUUAGAAAAAGCAGAAGAACAAGAGCCAAAACAUGAACAGGAGACAGCAUCAGAAGAAGAAUCGAUAGAAGACUGGGUAGAAAACUGGGUUGAAUGGGAAGAAGAACCGAAAGAAGAAGAAGAAGAGGUGCUCACAGCGAAAAAAAAGAAACCGAUUCAUUCAUAUCGGGAGGAAUUGGCGUCACUUGCAAAAUUACAUUAUUCCAUGAGUGAAAUUAUGGUCGCAAG